AUGAUGCUUGUGUGUUUGCUUGCUGGUCUGUCUGGAGGCCAGGCCAAAGGUGAGGGCAAUGAGAUCCAGAUCACUGAGCUGACACAUGAAGAUCUGGCGGACACCAAGGUGGAGAAUAAUGGCAUUUUGAUGACAAAAACAACAGCAGCCACCCAAAGCUGUGAAUCACUCAUCUACUCGGUGCUGGAGGAGCUGGGGGCUCUUAGUGAAAGAUUUGCAGCUACUGUGAAGGCACUGGAGGAAACAAACAAAAAGCUGGAGGCCACUGAGAUGAAGUUGUAUGCACUUAACAGCACGGUGACUGAACUAAGUCAAGGAAAACCUCGGGUUGCAUUUUCUGCUGCAUUACCAAUAGAUGGCAACAUUGGUCCUGUAAAUGUUCUGUACUCCCUGGUGUACAGUCAUGUUCUGUCCAACAGUGGAGGACAUUACAGCCAAUACACAGGUUAUUUUACAGCACCAGUGCAAGGAGUCUAUUAUUUCACCUACUCUUCCCUCUGCUGGGGAGGAGGGGAGGAAUGUGGUGGCAGUCUGUACAAAAAUGGACACAGGGUAGUGUCGUGGUAUGGUCAUUCUCCAAACCACCCAACCUCUGGAUCUAACAGCGCUAUCUUGCAGCUACAAGUUGGUGACAAGAUUAAUGUUCGUCUUUGGCCGAAUAUGAGGAUCAGUGAUAAUGUUAAUAAGUACUCCUCAUUCAGUGGAUUUUUGCUUUUCCCUGUGUAAAGUGAAUAGAAAUGUUCACUGCUUUCAAAUACAUCAAUCUUGUAAUAUUGGUCAGAAAAUUACAAAAUGUGAUUUCUUCUUUUUGUACUUAUAACACCUCCAAUGAGUUGCUAACCUAAAUGACCACAUAGGCUGUUUAUCUCUACCCUCUGAUCUGACCUUUGUUAUCAUGGUUAUGAUAAUACAACCUGUAUGAAGUGCUAUCGACAGGCGUACUGGACCUUCAUUGUCAGGGUUACAACAAGCUCAUGGAGCGGUCACUGUUUGGUUAUGCUUAGACACAAAAACAACUUAGGUUAGGUUAACGGGCAGAUCAAGGUUUAUAAAUACUUCCUUAGAGGACCCUUGUUGUCAUGGUUACAAUAAUAAACAUGCAGUUAAAGUUAAAAACUUAGGACUUUCCCAGUCGUUUCUCUUAUCCAUGACUGUCCCACAACUUUACCCUUGGACUUUGUAGCUCUAUAUACUACAAAAUGACUUCCUCUUUUGAUCCCAUCAUAACGACUACUGCCACUAGAGGUCGCCCAACAAGACAAAGAGUAUGGCUCAUAAUAACCUGCUUACACAGAUGACCUUCAUGGGUUUUUUUUUUUUUUUUUUAAAA